AUGGAUGAUCCAUCAGUGGAUGUAAAUCCAACUGUUCCUUCGGGAACUAGUAAUACACCACCAACAGCAAAUGUAUCUUUAGCUGAUUUAGAUACAUUUGUUAAUUAUUUAAAACGUGUUUGUGCACCAAUACUUGAUUCAUCACUUGAAAAUACAAAUGAUAUUGAACGACUUUUUACAGAUCGUUCAUCAAUUGAUUGUAUUAAAAAAUUUAUAAGUGAUGUUCAAUGUCAAACAAUACUUAUUUCAAAAACAAUAACAGUUAAAGAAGAUCCAACAUUAACUGAAACUGAUCCAACAACAAAUUCAUCUGGUGAUACGUUAACAAUAAAUUCAUCAUCAUCAUCAUCAUCAACAUCAUCAUCAUCAUUAAUACCAGAUGGACUUUAUACAUUAUCAACUGAAGUUCAUUAUAUUAAUCCAAAAAUGCUUUCACUUGUUAUUGUUAAACGUGGACAAUUAAUUGAAAGUGAUAAAAAAUUUCAUACACAAUUACGUAUUAUUAAUUUAGUUGAUUCAAGUCCAUAUGAAACAUUACAUGCAUAUAUAUCACAUGUUAUUGGCCCUUAUUUUAAAUCAUAUGUUCGAGAAUCAGGCAAAAGUGAACGUGAUGGUGAUAAAAUGGCACCGACAAUGGAAAAGAAAAUAACUGAAUUAGAAAUGGGUUUACUUCAUUUACAACAAAAUAUUGAAAUACCAGAAGUUAAUCUUGCUAUACAUCCAAUUGUUAGUCAAGUUGCACAAAAAUGUCUUAAUGAAAGUCGUCGUCCUAAAGUUGAUGAUUUUAGUGAAUAUUUAGAUAAUACAGAAUUUCUUAAUUCACUUCAAUCACAUGUUAAUCGUUGGGUUAGAGAAAUUCAACGUGUAACUAAACUUCAUGAAGAUUCAAUGAAAGGUUCAACACGACAAGAAAUAUCAUUUUGGCUUAAUCUUGAACGUGCAUUAACACGUAUACAAGAAAAACGUGAAUCAGUUGAAGUACAAUUAACAUUUGAUAUACUUAAAACAGUUAAACGUUUUCAUGCAACUGUUGGUUUUGAUAAUGAUACAGGUUUAAAAUCAGCUAUGGAUACAGUUAAAGAUCAUAGUGUAUUAAUGAAAGAUUUUCCUAUUAAUGAUCUUUUAUCAGCAAAUGAAUUAGAUAAAAUUCGUACAGCAUUAACAACAAUAUUUCAACAUUUAAAAAAACUUCGUAGUACACGUUAUCCAGUUAGUCGUGCUGGACGUUUAAUGGAAGCUGUUUCACAAGAUUUAAUGCAACAAAUGCUUAAAGUAUUAAAUACAUAUCGUUUAAUGCAUAUUGGUUAUACUGAUUUUGAACGUAUUGUUAAAGCAUGUGAUGAUGUUUUUGCAACAUGGGAUGAUGAAUAUGAACGUUUAUCAACACAAGUACGUGAUGUACGUCGUACAGCACGUACAAGUGAUGUUAGAAUGGCAUGGCGUGUAUCAUUAUCACAUAAAAAAUUACAACAACGUUUAGAUCAUAUGAAACGUUUUCGUAAACAACAUGAACAACUUCGUUCAGUUAUUGAUAGAGUUUUACUUCAACCAGUACCAACACCACUUCAACCACAAACAUCAAUUAAUGAUGAACAAGAUAAAGAUAAUAUUCAAACAUCAACAAAUGGACCAUCAAAUGAAACUCGUACAACAGUAACAGCUGCAAAUGUUUUAAAUGAUGUUAAUGCUAUUGAUGAAGUUAAUAUGGCAUAUGAAAGUGUUAAAGAAAUUGAUGCACUUGAUGUUAGUAAAGAAGGACAAGAUGCAUGGGAAAUGGCUAUGAAACGGUAA